ACUGCAGAGCUCCCCUCCUCACACACUCUCCUCCUCCGGGGCUGCCAGGGUGAGGAGCCGGGAUGAAGGUCGUACGCAUGGACGCAGACCCCUCCGAAGUUUACCGGCCGGAGGCAGGGGCUGAGGAUGGCAAGCUGCAAACAGACUACAGGAAUUACACGGCCGGGCCGCUGCUAGAUCGCGUGUAUAACACCUACCUGCUGAUGCACACGCACCAGACUGUGGACUUUGUCCGGAAGAAGGGCGCAGAGUACGGGGCCUGUGCCCAGCGCCGAAUGAGCAUCAUGGAGGCCUUGGAUUUACUGGACAACGUGGUGGAUGAAUCGGACCCGGACGUGGACUUUCCCAACUCCUACCACGCGUACCAGACUGCAGAGGGCAUCCGCCGGGCCCACCCGGACAAAGACUGGUUCCAGCUGGUCGGGCUGCUGCAUGACAUGGGCAAAGUCCUGGCCCUGGCCGGGGAGCCUCAGUGGGCUGUGGUGGGCGACACAUUCCCCGUGGGCUGCAGGGUCCAGGACUCUGUCAUCUUCAGCGACUCCACCUUCCACGACAACCCCGACACAAAAAACCCCCUGUACAACACGCAGUAUGGGAUCUACCAGCCUCACUGCGGCCUGGCCAACGUGCUUAUGUCCUGGGGCCAUGACGAGUACAUGUACCAAGUCAUGAAAUUCAACAACUUUGCUCUCCCCCAGGAGGCUUUCUACAUGAUCCGCUUCCACUCGUUCUACCCCUGGCACACGGGCGGGGAUUACAUGCACCUGUGCAGCAACGAGGACCUGCGCAUGCUGGCCUGGGUCAAGGAGUUCAACAAGUUCGAUCUCUACACCAAGUGCGAGGAUCUGCCUGACGUGACGCAGCUGAAGCCGUAUUACCAGUCCCUGAUUGACAAGUACUGCCCAGGCCAGCUGUGCUGGUGACCAGCCAAGCAAGCACCUGCCUGCUCCUGAGGCCCCUACCCUCAGCGGGCUGGAGGAGCUCAAUCCCCGAGCACAACAGGAGCCAGUCUCCAGGCCCCGGGGAACAGCCACCCCCAGGGCUAGCUCUGCAUUCCCCCACCAAUCAGCCUGCAAGGAGGUCCCCUAGAGCUAUUGCACCUGGGCUGGGCUGCUAGGGGAGCCAGGAUCCCGGGCCAGGGAAGACACAUGCAGGUGGAAGUGGCGAGAUGAGAUGGUUCUGCUCGCUGCCACAUUUCUCAUUCUGUUCCCCACUCCUGCUCGCUGAGGCCUGGGUACUGCAGAAUGCCACACAGGCAAAGACCAAGCUGCAGCCACCACCUCCCCUCUUGGGGCCAGCCAAGCUGUCCCACCCCUCACAAAGAGAGACCGCUCCCUCCCCAAACCUUUCCGGUUUGCCCCUUACUCUGCCCCUGUACAAGCCCCUGCUGGCAUCAGCAAGCAGCUGAAAGCCCCUGGCCCAGCUCAGAGCUUCUAGCACUCCACAGCCAGGGCUGGGUAGGGAAGAGCGUGUGUAAUCUCCUAUUCAACAGGAGCACCGCGGUGCUGGGGGGCCUUCUCAGAACUCAAUAAAUGGGUUGUUAGUGUACACGGUGCUGGAUCUGUGACAGGCAUACUGCAGAGCCCCGCAGAACUUGCCUCACAGCAAGGGGGGGGUGGGGGUACUGAGCUGAUGCUGGGCCCUAGCCUCUCCCCACACACCAUGUUGGGGCCACCUCUAUCUCAUCUCUCCUGCUCCUCCUAAGGGGGCUACUGCCACCAUUGCCUCAGCAUCUCUGCAACCAACCGCCUGCCCCUGCCCUUCCUCCUUCACUACCAACGCGCACCCUGGCCCGGCCCCCAGGGCUCCAGCACAAACUCAGAGCACCAGGCUGACCUGCUCGGAGCUGGAUAACAGACUGCAGCACAGACCCCAGUAAGGAGUGGCACCUCCUCUUGCUGAGCCUUUGCCUGCGCUUGACUCCUCUCCCCCUACCCCCCGGCUUCUGACUCUGGCCUUUACCAGCUACUCCAGCCCCAGCCCACCCGACGCUCUGGGCUCAGCCCAAGGCCCUCCUGCAGCUCGCCUCAAUACCUGCUCUCUGGGCCUGCACACGCAGCAUCUCCUCCUGCCCCAAAGCUCCUUUGUUCUCCCCCAGGGCAGUGCACGGGGCUGUCUAAGCGGGCAGUGAGAGGUCCAUGGGCCCAGGGCACAAGCUGGGCCACUUGAAGCCAGGCAGGAGGCUAGAGCCGCAGAGAAAGGCAGCUGGCACUGCCCCGGCACCCUCAGCAGCCUGCAGGAGGUGGUACAGUAGGAUGGAGGCCUGAGGUCCCGAGGCCAAAGAACAUGGAGACUCUGCGCUGAGACCAUGGGCUAGAAGAGCGGGGUGGUUUUUAUAGCACAGCUGGCUCCAGGAGCUGCCCCCCAGAGGGGGUAAGAC